ACACACGGCUAUCUGAAAGUGUUGUGAUUGAGUGGAUGGACUUCAUUUCCAAGUAUUGGGUUUGUGUUGUUGUUGUUAUUCAGGUGUGCAGCACAGAGUCGGGCAGAGAGAGAACUGAACUGGACAGUUUGGCUGGAGAGGGAGCCAGAGACCAAGUGAACACAACAAUGACUCCUGCUGUGUCAAAGAGAGAGUGGUUGGAGCAGCAGAGAGCCCAGUUGAAGGUCUACAGGCGUGGAGGCAGCCUGCGGAACAAACCCAGAAUCAGUUACAUUGAGGAGGAGGAACCCAAAGAUGAAGACUACUUCUUCUGUGAGGAUUGUGAAGAUUUCUUCAUUGAGGAGUGCUGGAUCCACGGCCCCCCCAUCUUCAUCCCUGACACCCCGGCACCAGUGGGGGUCCCAGACCGAGCCAGACUCACGCUGCCCCCUGGACUGCAGGUCAACAAGUCCCACAUCCCCAACGCAGGACUGGGGGUCUUCAACCGGGGCCAGGAGAUAGCCAGAGGAACUCACUUUGGACCCUACGAGGGACAAGUCAUGGACAAGGAGCAGGCCAUAGAGAGCGGAUACUCAUGGGUGAUUUACAAGAGCCGCCAUUCAGAUGAGUACGUAGAUGCGAAGAAGGAAACUCAUUCCAAUUGGAUGAGGUAUGUGAAUUGCGCUCGUAACGGUGAGGAGCAGAAUCUGGUGGCGUUUCAGUACAGAGGAGGGAUUGUGUAUCGCUGCUGUCGGCCCAUUAUUGCUGGAGAAGAGCUGCUGGUCUGGUAUGGAGACGACUACGCCAAAGAGCUGGGCAUCUCAUUCGACUACCUCUGGGAUGUCAAGAGCAGCGCUAAAGAGGUAUCUGUGGCAUCUCAGGUGUUCUCCUGUUCUCUGUGUCCGUUCUCCUACACGGCUCAAAUCUACCUGCACAAGCACAUCAAGAGAAGUCACCCAGACGAGUAUGUGCGUCUGCUGAGGUCUGGAGAGAUCAGAUCAGAGACUUUCAUACCUUCCGGAGGCAGAAACCAACACACACAGCAAACCACAACUGGGGCGUCCAGACCAGUCACACAGCCGUCUUCAGAACAGCAAGGAGCACAUGAGCAGAGACGACAGCAGAACACUCACACAGGAGAGAAGAAACACCACUGCACUCAGUGUGGCAAGAGUUUCAAUAGAGAGGCACAUCUAAAAGUACACCAGCGCAUUCACACAGGAGAGACGCCGCAUCACUGCACUCAGUGUGGCAAGAGUUUCAAUAGAAAGGACAAUUUAAAAUCACACCAGCGCACUCACACUGGAGAGAGGCCGUUUCACUGCACUCAGUGUGGCAAGAGUUUCACUACAGGGGGAUCUUUAACACAACACCAGCGCACUCACACAGGAGAGAAGAAACACCACUGCACUCAGUGUGGCAAGAGUUUCACUACAGUGGGACAUUUAAAAACACACCAGCGCACUCACACAGGAGAGAGGCCGUAUCACUGCACUCAGUGUGGCAAGAGUUUCACCACAAAGGGGGAUUUAAAAGUACACCAGCGCACUCACACAGGAGAGAGGCCGUAUCACUGCACUCAGUGUGGCAAGAGUUUCGGUACAGGGGUAUGUUUAAAACGACACCAGCGCACUCACACAGGAGAGAGGCCGUAUCACUGCACUCAGUGUGGCAAGAGUUUCACUCAAGAGGCACAUUUAAUACAACACCAGCGCACUCACACAGGAGAGAGGCCGUAUCACUGCACUCAGUGUGGCAAGAGUUUCACUACAGGGGGACAUUUAAUACAACACCAGCGCACUCACACAGGAGAGAGGCCGCAUCACUGCACUCAGUGUGGCAAGAGUUUCACCACAGAGGGGUGUUUAAAACGACACCAGCGCACUCACACAGGAGAGAGGCCGUAUCACUGCAGUCAGUGUAGCGAGACUUUCACUCAGUCUGGUAGUUUAAAGACACACAAGUGUUCUCACAGUAAAGAGCCCUAAUAAGUCUCCUGCUGAAUAAAGACCUUGAUGUUGCUUCCACCAGGGCAGGAAUGCCAAUAAACAAGACUGCCAUUCAAAUAUUCACCAACCCGGAACUCAUUUUUAACUGACCAUUUUAACUGACUUUGGUAACUGGCUCUUUUGUUGAGCGUUUAAUAGAUGUUUAUUAAUAUUGUGAUUUGAUGUAUGUGAGAGUGUGUCAGAGUAAUUGAUUUGUAAUAUUAUGAUUUGAUGUAUGUGUGAGUUUAAGAGUAAUUGUGAAGAAUGUGUUUAAGUUUUUACUUGGUGAUGGUGUAAAAUGAUCUAAUUGAAAACCACAAUAGUCAACAGUUAACACCAAAUAAGAGUAAAGAUGACUUACUUAAUUACACACACUAAAUGAAAAGUGAAAUUGACUUGUAAAGUAGAUUUUGUCACAUUGGUGACUUAAAUAUCUAUUUGUGUAAGUGAAUAGACCAAAUAGAAUUGAAUAAAACGUGGAGUAGUGUAUGAA